AUGUUCCCUGCAAGAUGGGGAAUUUAUGAUGACCACAGACAUAUAAGUCAUCAAGACUUGCAGAGGGUCCUUCUAGCUGUCAAAACGUCUUCUUAUGCCCGAUACCAUGUGCUUCUGCAUGGACCACGACCCUCAUCUUCUUUACCUUCCCCCACUGAAAUCCCAAGAACAAUUUUGCUGGAAUAUACCCAGUGUUUGCCUAGUGCAUAUCCGUGA